AUGCCGGAGUCCCACGUCGCCGCCGUACACUUCAUCGAGGUACAACGCCCUGCUCUGGAGUUGAUUUUGUCGCCGAUGACCUUCUCGGCCGAGCGUGAACCCUCGCACCCCUGCUCAGAUUCCAUCUCUGGGGAAUCUCCACUCAGAAGAAUCGACUCAGGUUAUUUUGAGGGACCGUGCCAACUAGAAGAGAACGCAGAGUCAUUGGCUUGUGUCGAGGACAUUAGGAGCUGCCGACCAGAGUCUCCAAUCCCGGAACCUCAUCUCGACAAUUGUAUCAAGCUGCAACAGCCACAGCACCCUACUCGACAAGACUUCUGGAAACCUGAUCCGUCGCUUCACUGGACAGACCAUGGUUAUCUUCACCCUGACAUCUGUACCCACACACAAAUGGCUGCGAUCUGCUCACAUGCGGUGGGUUCAUGCGAAAACAUGGAGGUUGUCAGAUACACACGAGUGCUUCCAGAAAGCGGAGUCCAGGGACCACCUUCCUUCAAAACAUCCCAGUUGUUUGGCCCAUAUGCUCCUGGCGUGGAGGCCGGCUUCCGACAAUGGGCAGCUGAAAGAGCCCGCCUCCACCGACGUCAAGCGCGCAUGAACAUCAGAAACUUGAAGGAAAAACAACGCCAAGCGAAUGGUGGACUUUUGGCCAGCUUGCGAAGACGCAUCGAUCGACCGACGGGAUGCCCUGCGAUCCUCCAUUGUCGGGUGAAUAAGCCGGCGCGUCCAGAGAAGACGUUGCUUUCCGACUACACAAAUGCAUUCCGGGCGUGGGAUGUGGCCAUGUCAAAAUCUAUCCCCGGCUACGCGGACAACUAUGAGAAGAGGCACUGGUACAUAUCUCAAUGGGAUACACCAAGUCCUCAGUGA